AUGGCCCCUAAGCGAUCGGCGGGCCGCGGCAAGAGGAGCUUCCUGCCUCCGGAGCCGCCCCCGGCCAAGAGGCGGUGUGUGUGGACUCCCGGCCGCGGAUGCCGGCUGCCAGCCCGGGACUCGGGCCAAAGGGAUGAUGCUUCAGGCUGGAAUCAGACUGGGUUGACUGGUCAGAGGGAAUACCCUCAUAGCAUCAUCUGGGCUCUAUGCCAACGUAAGCUGGGCAGAGCUCCUCGGGCAUCGUUCCAGCAGUGUCUUCAGCAGACCUUUUUGCACUCUCUGGACUCUUACCGACUUUUCCGAACAGCCAGUCCCUUUGACCGGAGAACGACGUGCCUGGAGUGGCAUCCAGCUCACCCCAGCACUCUGGCCGUGGGUUCCAAGGGUGGAGACAUCAUCCUCUGGGACUAUGAAGUGCUGAACAAAACCUAUUUCAUUAAAGGGAUUGGAGCAGGAGGGAGCAUCACUGGGAUGAAGUUUAACCCUCUCAAUACCAACCAGCUGUUCAUUUCUUCAGUGGAGGGGACCACCACUCUGAAGGACUUUCUGGGCAACACAAUUCGAGUUUUCACCAGAACAAACACUUGGGACAAUUGGUACACCAGUGUGGAUGUGUCUGCCAAAAGCCGCGUGGUGGUCACAGGAGACAGUGUGGGCAAUGUGAUUUUGCUGAACAUGGAUGGCAAAGAGGUCUGGAAUCUUAGACUUCACAAAAAGAAGGUGACCCAUGUAGCUCUGAAUCCUCACUGUGACUGGUUGCUGGCCACAGCCUCAGUGGACCAAACGGUGAAAAUCUGGGACUUGCGCCAGGUCAGAGGGAAAUCUUGCUUCGUUCACUGGAUGCCUCAUGAGCGUGCUGUCAAUGCAGCUUAUUUCAGUCCAGAUGGGGCCAGACUCUUGACCACAGACCAGCACAGCGAGAUCCGGGUAUACUCGGCCUCCCAUUGGACAAGUCCCCAGCUUCUCAUUCCCCACCCUCAUCGCCACUUCCAGCACCUCACACCCAUCAAGGCAACAUGGCAUCCUCGUUAUGACCUCAUUGUGGUGGGGCGGUACCCAGACCCCAAUUUUGCAGGUUUCACUCCUCAUGAGCCUCGGACGGUUGACUUAUUUGACGGCAGCUCUGGGAAGAUGGUGUGUCAGCUUCAUGAUCCAGAUUGCUCUGGCAUCAUCUCGCUAAACAAGUUUAAUCCCAUGGGGGACACCUUGGCCUCUACAAUGGGUUACAACAUUCUUAUCUGGAGCCCAGAGGAGGCUGUGAGAAGGAAGCAGGAGGGACUGAUCAAGGCCAUGAGUGAACAAGGACUAGGGAGGGAUUGUUUAGCCCACCGAUGCGCCCGUCGAAGCAGGCCUGGCCCAACCUCUAGUAGAGAGCAGCAGAAAUGUCUGCGUCUGCAAGGGGAAGCAAGAAGCAAAUGCAAAGGGAAGGAUCCAGGGCCCUGAAGGAUGGAGUCCCUGCUGCAGUGAGUACAGGUCAAGACCUUCUUCUCUGGAAGGCUGGGACUCAAAUGUUGAGAAGUAAGGCUGGGGGAUAGCAGUUGCCUCCCCUGGGUUGGCCUGCCAGGCUGGUGAUUUCAUUUUGGAUUGUUGAUGGUCAAUAAAGUAGUAUCUAUUUGG